AUGAACCGCGGCGAACCCUCAGACGACCUAUCUAAGAUUAGGGGGGAGAUCCUCAGUAGUGGUGACCCUUUCACUCUUCCGCGGACUGAUACAUGUACCGAAUGCUCAUACGGGACAGUUGACUCCUGGGGGUUGGUUCAUGCUCUGGUAGCGAGCAACGAAACGGUGAUUGAAGCUGGGAUCGGAGAUGAGGGAGCUCCACAGCUUGCAGACGGGUUUGUAGAGGAAGGCGGAUCUGGGAUUGGGGAGGGGAAUCAGAAUCUCGACGAGGAGGCCGUCUCCGAGUUUGCUGAUGGCGGAAGGAGGGUGAAGAGGGUUUCUGAGAACUGGGUUUCUGUUGCUGCCGCCGCUCCUAUCGGUGACAACGGCUCCUCCUCCAUCUCCACCGCUUCGCCGGUACAGCCAGUUGGGAGCCGGGUUGGAGAAGUGAAGAGGGUCACCAAAGAGACCAAUGUUUCUGUGAAAAUUAACUUGGAUGGUACUGGGGUUGCUGACUCGUCCACGGGAAUCCCAUUUCUCGAUCACAUGUUAGAUCAACUUGCGUCGCAUGGGCUGUUUGAUGUACAUGUGAGGGCAACUGGUGACAUUCAUAUUGAUGACCAUCACACCAAUGAAGAUGUUGCUCUUGCUAUUGGAACGGCUUUGCUGCAGGCUCUUGGUGAUAGGAAAGGAAUUCACCGGUUCGGGGAUUUCUCAGCUCCUUUAGAUGAAGCAUUGAUUCACGUUGCCUUGGAUUUAUCAGGGAGACCAUAUUUAGGUUAUGAUUUGCAGAUUCCCACUCAGAGGGUUGGAACCUAUGACACUCAGUCAUUAGUGAAUACUUCUGGUAUGACACUUCACAUCCGACAGCUUGCUGGAAAGAAUUCACACCAUAUUAUUGACGCAACCUUCAAAGCUUUCGCCAGGGCUCUUCGUCAAGCAACAGAACCAGACCCACGACGCCUUGGGACCAUACCAAGCUCAAAGGGUGUUCUGUCGCGUUCUUGA